AACAAAUUGACAGAUCACAAAUACCUGUCAAGUGUCAAAGUGAUAUCUGAUAAGGGGGCCUUGGAUUAACGCAGAGGACGGGAUAAUUUGAAAUAAAAUAAACAUAACAAAUUGGAUGUAAGCGAUCUUUAAUCUGAUAAAUAACCAGUAAAAACCUAACAUACUAACUUUCUAAGUUUAUAUAAGACUAAUGGUGUAUUCUAGUUUACUGUACAAAAUAUUCAUUGCUCUGUUUGUGAGUGUGUGCUGGUUCCAUAUAAUAUAUCUUAGCUGGAGGCUGUCGUCAGUGUUUCAAAAUGCCUCUAACAGCUGAUGUUGCAGCUCAGCAAGUCCAGGAAAGGCUGAGAUCCCUACACAGAUUGAUAUAUGACAUUGAAGCAGAGAGAGCUCGCAAUGAACAGUGUAUUGAUUCCAUAUUGAGAGCGGAAAAAGCUGUAGAAUCUCCCUCUUCCAGUGAAGACUCAUCUAGCUCAUCUCAACAGAUGCAACUGAAAAAUUUGUACAAAGCGGGCUUAACAGCAGCUGAGCAAGAAGAGAGUUUACUCAGAAAGGCUCUGUCUCGCAUCUAUGAAAUACGAAGCAUCAAGAACGAAAGAAGGAUACAGGCUCGUUACGCUGGCAACAAGGAGACCAUCGGUUGCGGUGCCCUGAUGAAGAUGUUGCUGAGCGCGGCGCAGACGUUGCCGCUGCACGUCGGCCGCGUCGGGGAGCGCGCGCCGCCGCUGUGCGGGGCCGUGCCGCCGGACCCCGGACAUGUGGCCAAAGCGGGAGACGCCGUGGCCGCGCUCGUCAGAGUCUCGGAGAAGGAAGAGAACUGGAUAUUGGCUGAGGUUGUGAGCUGGCUGCCGGCUCAAGGUAAAUACGAGGUGGACGACAUCGACGAGGAGCAGAAGAACCGCCACGUGCUGAGCAAGCGGCGCGUGGUGCCGCUGCCGCUGAUGCGCGCCGACCCGCGCGUGGACGAGCACGCGCUGUUCCCCAAGGGCGCCGUCGUCAUGGCGCUCUACCCGCAGACCACCUGCUUCUAUAGGGCUGUCGUCAACCGCCUGCCAGCCACCGCCGCUGAUCCUUAUGAAGUUCUGUUUGAGGAUUCGUCGUACGCGGACGGCUACUCGCCGCCGGAGCGCGUGGCGCAGCGCUACGUGAUCGCCAUCAAGGAGGGCAAGGGCCGCGCCACCUGACCCGCGGAGCGCGCCUCGCCCGCCCGCGGACCGCCCGACUCCGCCGACGACCUGCUCUAGGGAAGCCGCACUAGCUUCCUCCCUAGCAAAUGAAUUCCAUUUACUAUCCAAGCUUUUUCGUUUCAUGUAAAUUUUCUGAGUCAUCUAUCCGCCGAGUUAGGUGUUCUGGCCUACUCAUUUUGUACUUCCUGGCUCUAAAUACCUCUAUGUUUGGAUAUAUACAAUUUUCUUCUUAUCAGAUUUUAGUGUAUUUCUCGUACCCAGCAUUUUUUACACUCAACCGGCAUAGGGCGGUGUGGGCAUAGCCUUUCUCUCCAUUAGUGUAAUCAAUCUGCUCCAAUCAUUAGUGCUAAAAGACAAUGCGGCCACAUUUAGUGCUGUUCGAGUGAGUUUGGCGAACUAUUAGUGAUUUGUGUCUUUUAUGAUGUAGGUACUUAUAAUAUAAGCUAAGUUUAAGAAAAUGUGUACUGGAAUGACUACAUACAUAUAAUUAUAAACAGGUUUUUUAGGGUUUUCGCUCAUUGCUAUGUAUUGAAUACUAUAUUGUAGUUUAAAUUUGUACUAUUAAUGUUAUCUACUCCGAUGAUCUCUUUUUUUAAUUUAAUAAAUGACUGCCGUUUGUAGGCGAAAGAAAACGACUUUUCUUUAUCUCUCCUUAUUGUUAUUACAAACAACUUUAUGCACACAAAAUAAGGGCGUUAGAGGGCUUAUUGUAGUAUUUUACUACAGGUAAAUAAAACAUUUCAACUUGAA